AUGCCGGCCAUCCUGGUCGCCUCCAAAAUGAAGUCGGGACUGCCCAAACCCGUACACAGCGCCGCGCCCAUCCUGCACGUGCCCCCAGCCCGGACCGGUUCCCAGCCUUGCUACCUCAAGUUGGGAAGCAAGGUGGAGGUGAGCAAGACUGCCUACCCCAGCCAGAUCCCCCUGAAAUCCCAGGGGCUGCAGGAGCCGGCGGGGGAGGGGCUCCCGCUGCGGAAGAGCGGCUCGGUGGAAAACGGGUUCGAUACCCAGAUCUAUACGGACUGGGCCAAUCACUACUUAGCCAAAUCGGGCCACAAACGUCUCAUCAAGGACCUCCAGCAAGAUGUGACGGAUGGCGUCCUCCUGGCUCAGAUCAUCCAGGUUGUGGCAAAUGAGAAGAUUGAAGACAUCAAUGGCUGUCCGAAGAACAGAUCGCAAAUGAUUGAAAACAUAGAUGCCUGCUUGAAUUUCCUGGCGGCGAAGGGAAUAAACAUCCAGGGGCUGUCUGCAGAAGAAAUCAGGAAUGGCAACCUCAAGGCCAUCCUAGGCCUCUUCUUCAGCCUCUCCCGCUACAAGCAGCAGCAGCAGCAGCCCCAGAAGCAGCAUCUCUCUGUGCCGCCACCGCCCGCCGUGGCCCAGGUGGCCGGGGCCCCCUCCCAGUGCCAGGCUGGCACCCCUCAGCAACAGGGGCCGGCCACCCCCCAAGCCCCGGGCCAGCCUCUCCAGCCGGCAACACAUCAGCAGUCAAAAGCGCAAGCCGAGAUGCAGUCCAGUGCGUCAUCCAAGGACUCAUCUCAAAGCAAAAUCAUCCGCUUCACUCUGGGUCAGAAAAAGAUUUCUAGACUUCCAGGUCCCACUGCAAGGGUAUCUGCUGCAGGCAGCGAAGCCAAAACACGUGGAGGGUCAGCCACUGCUAACAACCGACGCAGCCAGAGCUUUAACAACUAUGACAAGUCCAAACCUGUCACCUCCCCGCUUCCACCACCACCACCAAACAGCCAUGAGAAAGAGCCAUUGGCGAGCCCCGCCUCCACCCACCCCGGAAUGAGCGAAAAUGCACCUGCUUCUCUGGAGAGCGGCAGCAGUCCCAGCCCUGCAAACAGCAGCGCGUCCUCAGCCAUCCCACAGCCCGGCGCUGCCUCCAAGCCCUGGCGCAGUAAGUCGGUCAGCGUGAAGCACAGCGUCACGGCGUCCGUGCUCUCGGUCAAGCAGCCUGUGCCCGAGGCCCCCAGGCCCGCCCCCGAAGCCAUGAAGCCGGCCCCCAACAAUCAGAAGUCCAUGCUGGAAAAACUCAAGCUUUUCAAUAGCAAAGGGGCUUCCAAAGCAGGCGAGGGCCCGGGGUCGCGGGACACGAGCUGCGAGCGGCUGGAGAUUCUGCCCAGCUUUGAGGAGAGCGAAGAGAUGGAGGUCACCGCGCGCUCGCUGUCCACGGCAGGUCCCGCUUCCAACAGCCCCAAGAUUGCGCUCAAGGGCAUCGCCCAGAGGACUUUCAGCCGGGCGCUGACCAACAAGAAGAGCUCCCCGAAAGGCAACGAGAAAGAAAAGGAGAAACAGCAGCGGGAGAAGGAGAAGGAGAAAAACAAGGACCUCGCCAAGAGAGCCUCUGUGACAGAAAGGCCGGACCUCAAAGAGGGGCCAAAAGAAGACCCCAGUGGGACGGUGGUGACUGAGAUGCCAAAAAAGUCCUCCAAGAUAGCCAGCUUCAUCCCCAAAGGGGGAAAGCUCAACAGUGCCAAGAAGGAGGCUCCGGCCCCUUCCCACAGUGGAAUACCAAAACCAGGGAUGAAGAGCAUGCCCGGGAAAUCCCCAAGUGCCCCUGCCCCUUCCAAGGAGGUGGAGCGGAGCCGGGGUGGGAAGCCAAGCUCGGGGCUCCCCCAGCAGAAGCCCCAGCUAGACGGCAGACACUCCAGUUCCUCCUCCAGCCUGGCGUCCUCAGAAGGCAAAGGCCCUGGAGGGACCACCCUGAACCACAGCAUCAGCAGCCAGACUGUCAGCGGGUCCGUCGGGACCACCCAGACCACGGGAAGCAAUACCGUCAGUGUCCAGCUACCUCAGCCCCAGCAGCAAUACAGCCACCCCAACACCGCCACCGUCGCGCCUUUCCUGUACAGGUCCCAGACAGACACCGAAGGGAAUGUUACUGCUGAAUCCAGCUCCGCGGGUGUGAGCAUGGAGCCCAGCCACUACACCAAGAGUGGACAGCCUGCUCUGCAAGAACUCACUGGGGAAGACCCCGAGGCCCGGCGACUGCGGACGGUGAAGAACAUCGCCGACCUGCGGCAGAAUUUGGAGGAGACCAUGUCUAGUUUACGGGGGACUCAGGUCACACACAGCACAUUGGAGACCACAUUUGACACCAACGUCACCACAGAGAUAAGCGGGCGCAGUAUCCUCAGCUUGACCAGCAGACCCACUCCCCUGUCCUGGAGACUUGGCCAGUCCAGCCCUCGGCUCCAAGCGGGAGACGCCCCCUCUAUGGGCAACGGGUACCCACCUCGAGCCAAUGCCAGCCGCUUCAUCAACACCGAGUCGGGCCGCUACGUGUACUCUGCCCCCCUGAGGAGGCAGCUGGCCUCCAGGGGAAGCAGCGUGUGCCAUGUGGAUGUCUCAGACAAGGCAGGAGACGAGAUGGACCUGGAAGGCAUCAGCAUGGACGCCCCCGGCUACAUGAGUGACGGGGAUGUUCUGAGCAAGAACAUCCGGACGGAUGACAUCACGAGCGGGUACAUGACCGAUGGCGGACUUGGCCUCUACACUCGUCGCCUGAAUCGGCUGCCCGAUGGCAUGGCUGUGGUGCGGGAGACCCUGCAAAGAAAUACCUCCCUGGGCCUCGGCGAUGCUGACAGCUGGGAUGACAGCAGCUCCGUCAGCAGCGGGAUCAGUGACACCAUAGACAACCUCAGCACCGAUGACAUCAACACCAGCUCCUCCAUCAGUUCCUACGCCAACACACCUGCCUCCUCUCGAAAAAACCUGGAUGUGCAGACUGACGCUGAGAAGCAUUCCCAGGUGGAGAGGGGGUCCCUGUGGUCGGGCGAUGACGUCAAGAAGUCCGACGGAGGCUCAGACAGCGGCAUAAAGAUGGAACCCGGAUCCAAGUGGAGGCGGAAUCCCUCGGACGUGUCUGACGAGUCUGACAAAAGCACUUCGGGCAAGAAGAGUUCGGUCAUCUCGCAGACGGGCUCGUGGCGCCGAGGCAUGACCGCGCAGGUGGGCAUCACCAUGCCGAGGACGAAGGCAGCUGCCCCAGCGGGCACCCUCAAGACCCCCGGAACCGGAAAAACAGAUGAUGCAAAGGUGUCUGAGAAAGGAAGGCUGUCUCCCAAAGCUUCCCAGGUGAAGCGGUCCCCAUCAGAUGCAGGCCGCAGCAGUGGCGACGAGUCCAAAAAGCCCCUCUCCAGCAGUUCCAGGACCCCCACUGCCAAUGCCAACAGUUUUGGGUUCAAGAAGCAGAGCGGCUCGGCCGCUGGGCUGGCCAUGAUCACAGCCAGUGGGGCUACGGUCACCAGCAGGUCAGCCACACUGGGCAAGAUCCCCAAGUCGUCUGCACUUGUCGGCCGGUCCACCGGCCGGAAGACAAGCAUGGACGGGCCUCAGAACCAGGACGAUGGGUAUCUGGCUCUCAGCUCCCGGACCAACUUGCAAUACCGGAGUUUGCCAAGGCCCAGUAAGUCCACCAGCCGCAAUGGGGCUGGGAACAGGUCUAGCACCAGCAGCAUCGAUUCCAACAUCAGCAGUAAGUCUGCGGGCCUGCCAGUGCCCAAGCUGAGGGAGCCUUCCAAAACGGCCCUGGGCAGCUCUCUGCCGGGCCUGGUCAACCAGACCGAUAAGGAGAAAGGCAUCUCAUCCGACAAUGAGAGCGUGGCUUCCUGUAACUCAGUGAAAGUGAACCCAGCCGCCCAGCCUGUGUCCAGUGCGGCGCAGGCGACCCUCCAGCCGGGAGCCAAGUACCCCGAUGUGGCCUCUCCCACGCUCCGCAGACUCUUUGGUGGGAAGCCUACCAAGCAAGUGCCCAUUGCCACAGCAGACACCAUGAAAAACUCAGUGGUGAUCUCCAAUCCUCAUGCCACCUCGACCCAGCAAGGUAACUUAGAGUCCCCCUCGGGCAGUGGUGUCCUGAGCAGCGGAAGCAGCAGUCCUCUCUACAGCAAGAAUCUGGAUAUCAACCAGUCUCCUCUAGCCUCCAGCCCCAGCUCAGCCCACUCGGGCCCUUCCAAUAGCCUCACCUGGGGCACCAACGCCAGCAGCUCGUCCGCGCUCAGCAAGGACGGCCUGGGCUUCCAGUCGGUCAGCAGCCUUCACACCAGCUGCGAGUCCAUUGACAUCUCCCUCAGCAGCGGAGGGGGGCUGAGUCACAAUUCCUCCACGGGCCUCAUCACCUCCUCUAAGGACGACUCCCUGACUCCCUUCGUCAGAACCAACAGCGUGAAGACCACGCUGUCAGAGAGCCCUCUCUCUUCCCCUGCUGCUAGCCCUAAGUUCUGCAGAAGUACUCUGCCCAGGAAACAGGACAGUGACCCGCACCUUGAUAGGAACACUUUGCCUAAAAAAGGACUCAGGUAUACUCCCACCUCCCAGCUUCGCACCCAAGAAGACGCAAAAGAAUGGUUACGGUCCCACUCUGCAGGAGGCCUGCAGGACCCCGCUGCCAAUUCCCCUUUCUCCUCUGGCUCCAGCGUCACGUCUCCCUCGGGAACGAGAUUCAACUUCUCCCAGCUUGCGAGUCCCACCACCGUUACCCAGAUGAGCUUGUCCAACCCAACCAUGCUGAGGACCCACAGCCUCUCCAAUGCCGAUGGGCAGUAUGACCCAUACACUGAUAGCCGAUUCCGGAAUAGCUCCGUGUCCCUGGAUGAGAAGAGCAGAACCAUGAGCCGCUCGGGCUCCUUCCGGGAUGGAUUUGAAGAAGAAUGUUGGGAGAAAGUAGCUGUGGACAAUUUCUCCUCCUCUCUCCCUCUUUGGCUCCAUAGUUGCCAGCUGUGCAAUUUACCUGUUUUUUUUUCUUUUCUUUUUUUAAUAGUACACGGAUCCUCGCUGUCCUUGGUUUCCAGCACGUCAUCAAUUUAUUCUACACCCGAAGAAAAGUGCCAGUCUGAGAUUCGCAAACUGCGGCGGGAGCUGGAUGCCUCACAAGAGAAGGUUUCAGCUUUGACCACGCAGCUGACCGCAAAUGCCCAUCUGGUGGCAGCCUUUGAACAGAGUCUUGGGAACAUGACCAUCAGACUCCAGAGUCUGACCAUGACGGCUGAGCAAAAGGAUUCAGAACUGAAUGAGUUAAGGAAAACCAUCGAGCUGCUCAAGAAACAGAACGCAGCUGCCCAGGCUGCCAUUAAUGGGGUCAUUAACACGCCAGAGCUCAACUGCAAAGGAAACGGCACCUCGCAGUCGGCAGACCUCCGUAUCCGCAGACAACACUCCUCGGACAGUGUGUCCAGCAUCAACAGCGCCACCAGCCACUCCAGCGUGGGCAGCAACGUAGAGAGUGAUUCCAAGAAAAAGAAGAGAAAGAAUUGGGUCAAUGAGUUACGCAGCUCCUUCAAGCAAGCCUUUGGGAAGAAGAAGUCCCCCAAGUCUGCAUCCUCUCAUUCUGACAUCGAGGAGAUGACCGAUUCCUCAUUGCCUUCCUCACCCAAGUUACCGCACAACGGGUCCACGGGUUCCACGCCACUGCUGAGGGGCUCCCACUCAAACUCCCUCAUUUCAGAGUGCAUCGAUAGUGAAGCUGAGACAGUCAUGCAGCUCCGGAAUGAGCUGAGAGACAAGGAGAUGAAGCUGACCGACAUCCGCCUAGAAGCCCUCAGCUCCGCACACCAGCUCGACCAGCUCCGGGAGGCCAUGAACAGGAUGCAGAGUGAAAUAGAGAAGCUGAAAGCUGAGAACGACCGGCUGAAGUCCGAGUCUCAAGGCAGUGGCUGCAGCCGGGCACCCUCCCAGGUGUCCCUCUCGGCCUCCCCUAGGCAGUCCAUGGGCCUCUCCCAGCACAGCUUGAACCUCACGGAGUCAACCAGCCUGGACAUGUUGCUGGAUGACACUGGUGAAUGCUCGGCUCGGAAGGAAGGAGGCAGGCAUGUUAAGAUAGUUGUCAGCUUUCAGGAGGAAAUGAAGUGGAAGGAGGAUUCCAGACCACACCUCUUUCUUAUUGGCUGCAUUGGAGUUAGUGGCAAGACGAAGUGGGAUGUGCUCGAUGGGGUGGUUAGACGACUGUUCAAAGAAUACAUCAUCCAUGUCGACCCCGUGAGUCAGCUGGGGCUGAAUUCAGACAGUGUUCUGGGCUACAGCAUUGGGGAAAUCAAGCGCAGCAACACCUCGGAGACCCCCGAGCUGCUUCCCUGUGGCUAUCUGGUCGGCGAGAACACGACCAUCUCUGUGACCGUCAAAGGGCUCGCAGAGAACAGCCUGGACGCGCUGGUGUUCGAGUCCCUGAUCCCCAAGCCUAUCCUGCAGCGCUACGUGUCCCUGCUGGUGGAGCACCGGCGCAUCAUCCUCUCUGGCCCCAGCGGCACUGGGAAGACCUACCUGGCCAACCGGCUGUCCGAGUACCUCGUGCUGCGGGAGGGCCGGGAGCUGACUGACGGCGUCAUCGCCACCUUCAACGUGGACCACAAGUCCAGCAAGGAAUUGCGCCAGUACCUGUCCAACCUUGCCGACCAGUGCAGCAGCGAGAACAACGCUGUGGACAUGCCCCUCGUUAUCAUCCUGGACAACCUGCACCACGUCAGCUCCCUGGGCGAGAUCUUCAACGGGCUGCUCAACUGCAAGGACCAGAAAUGUCCUUACAUAAUCGGCACCAUGAACCAGGCUACCUCUUCUACUCCCAAUCUGCAGCUUCAUCACAACUUCAGGUGGGUGCUUUGUGCCAACCACACGGAGCCGGUGAAGGGCUUCCUAGGCCGGUUCCUGAGGCGGAAGCUCAUGGAAACAGAGAUCAGUGGGCGAGUACGGAAUGUGGAGCUGGUAAAAAUCAUUGACUGGAUUCCCAAGGUCUGGCAUCACCUCAACCGCUUCCUGGAGGCUCACAGCUCCUCAGACGUCACCAUAGGCCCACGGCUCUUCCUGUCAUGCCCCAUCGAUGUGGAUGGCUCCAGGGUGUGGUUCACCGACUUGUGGAACUACUCAAUUAUCCCCUAUCUCCUGGAAGCCGUCCGAGAAGGACUCCAGCUCUAUGGAAGGCGGGCCCCUUGGGAGGACCCCGCCAAGUGGGUGAUGGACACCUACCCCUGGGCAGCCAGCCCACAGCAGCACGAGUGGCCUCCCCUGCUGCAGCUCCGGCCUGAGGAUGUCGGCUUCGAUGGCUACUCCAUGCCUCGGGAAGGGUCUGCGAGCAAGCAGUUGCCCCCCAGCGAUGCUGAAGGAGACCCACUGAUGAACAUGCUGAUGAGGCUGCAGGAGGCGGCCAACUACUCCAGCCCCCAGAGCUACGACAGCGACUCUAACAGCAACAGCCAUCAGGAUGACAUCUUGGACUCGUCCCUAGAGUCUACUCUGUGACAGGGGCCAGCCAUGGAGCUUGCCUGCCUCUCCCCUCCGUGCCCCGCUCCAUGUGCGUCCCCUGCACCCCCUGAAGAUGCCCUCCUGAGCCAGCCCCCCGGCCGCAGCGUGAGAGCUGCAGGGAUACCCAGACCCCUCGUCCUCCAGCCUCGACUUGGGUGCGGGCCUCCCGGGCCAGCCGCCUUGGCACCGCUCCCUUCCACAGUGAGACCUGCACUAUCUCAUCGUUUAUUUUCAUUAUCGUUUGCCUUGUUACCGUGACCUCCCUAAGACACUGAAGUUACUUCUCGGGAAAGGAUCAUCACCGUUGAAAUGGAAAGGUUUAUAAAGAAAACACACACACACACAGAAACCAAGAACCCACUUGGAAGCUCUGAAACCCAACAGCAUCGUGCUGCGAGCUGCCCAGAGCAGAGAGAUUGGAGCCAAGCUGGAAAUGCGGGCAACACAGCUGCCCCUCCACACCGACGCCCGGGCUGGGUCUUGCCGUGGGCGCCUGCCUCUGCCUCCCCGCCUUCCCCGCGGCUGGCCAUGGAGAGAGCUGGUGCUAAGAGCGCAGGCGCGGCCCGCUCCCACUCAGCGGAGCGCAGAGCACGGCGCGGGGACACCUUAGGCAAACGCAAAGCGCAAAGCGAAGCCCGCUUGCUGGUUUUUUUGGCUUUUUAAAUGGUGCUCUCCUUCCCCGAGGGGUAUUUUUGCCUGUUCCCGUUCAGCCACACCUCCCAGACCCGUCAGCCUCCGAUCGGUCCCCAGCGUGAGUGGAACGUGCACGAGCGGAUGGGGCCACGGCGCGGACAGCGAGUGUCUGUGUCCUCCUCCUCCUGUCUCCGUGAAUCAGGUUUUUCUUUCUGCAAACACUGUGGCCGGUGAGAAUGGGUCUGUUUUGAACUGGUUACCCCCUUGCAAAUGA